AUGUCAUUGAUUACUGAAAAUAUCUCAAAGCUAGCACACCAACAUCCUCCACCAGCUAACCACAUCUACGCAUACGGUACUGCUGGCUUCCGUACCAAAGCCACUGUACUCGACGCCGUAUUAUUCCGCGUCGGUAUCAUCGCCGUUUUUCGCUCUCAAAAGUUAGACGGCAAAGCUGUCGGCGUUAUGGUCACUGCUUCACAUAACCCGGAAUCUGAUAACGGCGUAAAGCUUGUUGAUCCACAUGGUGACAUGCUUGAUCCUUCCUGGGAAGCUUACGCGACUGCACUCGCAAACACGCCUUUAGACAGCUUCGCUAGCUACUGCACACAACUUGCAAAUACCCUCAAAAUUGAUCUGUCUAAAAAGGCUAACAUCAUUAUCGCAAGAGACACGCGUCCUUCCGGUGAUUCUCUCCUCGCUUCUCUCAAAGAUGGCAUUCACGCUGUGAACAAUGGUAGCGUGCAAGUAGAAGAUUACGGGUUAGCUACAACUCCUGCACUUCAUUACCUCGUUCGCGCUACCAACAGCAAAGGUACUAACGAUGAGUACGGUGAACCCACUAUUAACGGUUACAUGGAUAAGAUGGUCAACGCUUUCAAUGGCCUCGUUCAAGGUAAACCUAGCAUCGCUCCUUUAAAAGUUGACUGUGCAAAUGGUAUCGGUGCUCCAUAUAUCCAUGACCUUAACUCUAGGUUGAAUAGAGUCGAUGCCCCACUCACACUCGAGCCUGUGUUUGACGAUACCACUGCUGGAAUUGGUAAACUUAAUAACGGUUGCGGCGCUGAUCACGUAAAAUCUAAGCAGCAAUUACCAGUUGGUUUCUCACCUACUCCUAAUCAACGCUGCGCUUCUCUCGAUGGUGACGCUGAUAGAAUUGUUUACUAUUACAACGACCAAAGAGGUAACUUCAAAUUACUCGAUGGUGAUAAAAUUGCUAGCUUGCUUUCAGUGUUUAUCAUUGAUCUCGUCGAUAAAGCUGGUUUGUCUGAUACUGCAAAUGUUGGUGUUGUUCAAACAGCAUACGCUAAUGGUUGUAGCUCAAAGUUCAUAAACGCACAACAAGUUCCAAUUAAGUGUGUACCAACUGGUGUUAAGCAUCUUCAUCACGCAGCACAACAAUAUAGCGUUGGUGUUUACUUUGAAGCAAAUGGUCAUGGGACUGUUCUUUUCAGUGAUGAAUUUAUAAAUUUGAUCAAGAACACAGUGCCAGUUAUGCCAGCACAACAAACUGCUUUACAACAAUUGAUUGCUCUUUCUGAAGUUGCAAACCAAACUGUUGGAGAUGCAUUAUCAGAUUUAUUACUGGUUGAAGCAAUUCUCAUUCAAAAGCAAUGGGGACCAGCAGAAUGGGAUGGGCUGUAUGAAGACUUCCCAAACAGAUUAGUUAAGGUUACAGUACCAGACAGAACCGCUUUCACGACGACCGAUGCGGAAAGAAAGCUAGUCACGCCAGCUGAUCUGCAGAAAGAGAUAGAUGGUCAUGUAAGCAAGUAUCAGGAUGGUAGAUCAUUCGUUAGACCUUCAGGUACUGAAGAUUGUGUGAGAGUUUACGCAGAAGCACAAACGCGUGGUCAAGCGGAUGAGUUGGCGUUCAAGUCUACAAUAGUCAGACUUUGCUUAGAGGAGAAAAUAUAUAGCGACCAAGAUUUUGAUUUGAUACAAGUGGAUUUGAAUAUGGGUGAUAAUUUCCACCCUUCUUUUCUGGCCAUAAAUCCAGCUGGAACGCUUCCGGUGAUGCUCGUCCCCAACGCGGAAUCAAUCAAAGCAGACAGACCAGUAGAAUAUACGCGCAUUUCAGACACCAAAUCAAUUCUCAAAUUCCUUUCAAUCAAGAGAAGAUCUAUACCUUCACUCAUCCCACUGCCACACUUAAUAAGCAAGAGUGAUGAAUUCAUCAACUACCUCCUCUCUGGUGAAGUUGAUACCAAUUUCCUCAUGCUGAGCGCAACGUCUCCCUCUGAAUUGGAAUUGAACUCUACUCGCGCCGUUUCCUACUUGACCUCUCGUCAGACUGCUUUCGAUCGAUACAGACACCUAUGCCCUGUAGACAGACGAAGCUGGUUUGAAUCAAAAUCAAAGUCGAAUAUGGAUAUACUUGAUAUAUAUAGAUACAGGUACAUCCCUCCUACAACCACUGAAUACCCCAAUGACAAUAUUCCAUCAAAUAUUGACAAGCCUGUGGAAGUUAUCUUGAAAAAUCGCCAGGAUUUCUUCAAUGCAAGCAAGAAAACCUGGUCGAACGUCGCAUCUUUUUUGAUCAAAGUCGAUAAUGAACUAUCGUCGGAUCAUCUCUCUAACACCACCACAUCAACUGAACAGCGUGAACAACGCGGUCCGUGGUUGUUAGGCCAUGAUCUUACUCUGGUAGACUUGAUUAUAGUUGCAUUCCUAGCGAGAGUUAUAGCCGAUAUAAAUGGCUCUAUGGAUGACGAGGGUCUACUCAAGUUGUUGAAUAUUGUUGGGUUGAGUCUUUGUGACAGUUUAAGGCGCUUCUGGCGUAGUUGGAUCAAACGUCCUUCUUUCAAACGCGUUUAUUUAGAGCGUGUUGCAAACGAUUAA